AUGGAUGAGAAGCACAAGAUCGUAAAGAGAGAGGAUCUGUACAAAUGGGCAAACUACAUCAAGGGCUACCGGAAGCGCCAUUUCGUCCUUGACACCUACGGAUUUCUCUCUUACCACAAGUACAAUGAUGAUGGCGUUGAGCCGUGCCCUCGUGGAAGGAUAAAUUUGCGGGACGCAAAUGUUUACUUGGAUCAUGGGACCUCCGGAUUUGUCGUGUCAGCUCCGUCGCAAAGUUAUCACCUCAAAGCCGGCAGUUCGACAGCUCGCGAUGAAUGGAUGGAGGCCCUAAAAUUAGCCCGUCACAACGCUAUCACUGCCGCGCAGAAAGAAGAAGAUUUCGACGCAGAAGCCGCCAUCUCGGAUUCAUCAAAUGGAGUCAAGGAAAGCAAGCACCCUAAUUACAAGAGCGUCCACGAGGAACUCCAGAAUAGUUGCAAACUGCUAGAAAAGCAAGUCAAUCAGCUUGUCCCUGAGCUGUCAAAUAACGAAGUCGAUUUGAAGAAGAUCAACAAUGGCGUCAAUUGGAUCAACUUAACUACAAUGAUGAUAAUGAAAGGGGCAAAGGAAUUGAACGAUUCGGCUACCGACACAGUUUCUCGUCUGGAGAUGCAGCUGAAGCGUGAGCGGCAAAGAAACGGAAGGUUGGAAGAACAAAUCCUGACCCUUGCCCAUCAACAAAAUACUCUGGAAAACAUGGUGAAGCGCUCCUCUCUGGUCGGCGAUCUGGACGAUUUCUACGAUGCCGAGGAAGAGUUCACGACCUCGAAUGUUAGAAGAUCAUCAACCGCAUCUCGCCUAUCGGACACUACGACUGACGAUUCUUCCAAGCGCUCACACAAUUUCGACCAGAAUUCUCCGGAGCCAUGCAGCUUUAAUGAGCCUGAACUGGGAGAUUCCGCAGCUGUUAUAAUGCCGAACGGGAAUGACCUUGAACAAACCUCCUUAGCAACGAUCAAAUCGCGCCGCAUAAAGAUUCCCGAACGGCCGAAUUACCCGCUCAAUCUAUGGAGCAUCAUGAAGAAUUGCAUAGGCCGCGAGUUGAGCAAGAUCCCGAUGCCGGUGAACUUCUCGGAGCCGCUCUCGAUGUUGCAAAGGGUUACGGAAGAUUUGGAAUAUGCGUAUCUUCUUGAUAAAGCUGUUGGUUUGGACCCGGCCGAACAGAUGUGUUAUGUGGCCGCGUUUGCUGUCAGCAGUUAUGCAACCACUGGAGACCGGACGACAAAGCCAUUCAAUCCGGUGCUAGGCGAAACUUUUGAAUGCGAUAGAAGAGCCGAAUACGGGUGGCGCAGCAUCACUGAACAGGUUUCACACCAUCCACCUGCUGCUGCGCAUUUUGUUGAAGGAAGAGGCUGGAAGUUACAUCAAGAGUUUACGAUGACCUCCCGAUUUAGGGGUCGCUUCCUAAGCGUCAUCCCGGUCGGCCGCACACAUAUCAUUUUUAAUGAUACGAAUCAUCAUUAUUCCUUGACGAAGGUGACAACAACGGUUCAUAACAUUAUUGUCGGACGUUUGUGGAUUGACAACCAUGGCGAUAUGGAGAUUAUCAACCACAGCAACGAUCAUCGCUGCACCGUCAAAUUUUCGCCCUAUUCUUAUUUUGGCAAGGAUGCUCAAAGACAGGUUGGCGGUCUCGUGCUUGACCAAAACAAAGUGGCCCGUUUUGCGAUUGGCGGUACGUGGGAUUCCAGUUUGUGGAAAGCCAAGCUCUCUGCGGGCUCCACCAAGCCGAAUCCUAGCGAUAAGGAGACGAUUUGGACAGCACACAAGCCGAUUGAAGGGUGCGAGAAGAUGUACAGCUUCACGCGGUUUGCCAUUGAGCUGAACGAGCCAGAGCCAGGUGUGGCUCCGACUGACAGCCGAUUGCGUCCCGAUCAACGCUUGAUGGAAGAGGGAAAUUGGGACGAAGCGAACAAGCGAAAGAUUGAAAUCGAGGAAAAGCAGCGGGCCCGUCGAAGGAAACAAGAUCAAGAAGCUGAAAAAGCAUUAAAAGAUGGUAACGUGUACAAAGAGCACACGCCCAAAUGGUUUGUCAAAGUGAUGGACCCGGAUACGAACUUGAUGUGCCAUUUAUCGACUGGCGAGUACUGGGAAUGCAAAAAGAAGCAGGAUUGGUCGGCAUGCCCGGAACUCUUC